AAAUAUUUCUCAUUCGCUGACUUGCCUCUUCCUCUCUCUGUGUAUCGCAAGCUUCCUUCGAGUUGAAGAGAGACCUCUUCUCUUCUCUUUCCUUUCACCCGCAUUAAACUCCGCCAUUAUUCCCUUUCCUUCUCGAUCUGCAUCGCUGACCUCGAUUCUCCCGAGCCACUGACUCAGCGGCCAUGGCUCCGGGUCGACUCGCCUCCACCGCCUUCCUCCUAAUCGUAUCUUCCUUCUUCCUCCUCCUUCGACUCGCUCGAGUCUCCGCCGCCCCGCUCCUCCUCCGGCCGCCGCACGCCCAGGCGCGCCCCGCCUUUCUGUUGCCUCUCCACCGCGAUUUUUAUAAAACGUCGUCGUCGUCGUCGUCGUCUUCCUCGGAUUUGCGUCGCCACCUCCAGAGAUCCCCCGCCGAAGUCCGCCCCAGUGCUCGCAUGAGCCUCCACGACGACCUCCUUCUCAACGGGUAUUACACUACGCGGCUCUGGAUCGGGACGCCGCCUCAGAGAUUUGCGCUCAUUGUCGAUACCGGAAGCUCUGUCACCUACGUCCCCUGUUCCACUUGCGAUCAGUGUGGCAAGCACCAGGAUCCCAGGUUUGAUCCAGAACUGUCAAGUACUUAUCAACCUGUUAAAUGCAAUAUAGAUUGCACUUGUGACAAUGACCAGGUGCAAUGUAUUUAUGAGAGGCAGUAUGCCGAGAUGAGUACUAGUAGCGGCGUGCUCAGCGAUGAUUUAUUGUCUUUUGGCAAUCAGAGUGAACUUGCUCCGCAGCGUGCUAUUUUCGGUUGUGAAAACAUGGAAACUGGUGACCUUUACAGUCAGCAUGCCGAUGGCAUAAUGGGGUUGGGACGGGGCGAUCUGAGUGUUGUGGACCAGCUUGUGGAUAAGGGUGUGAUCAGUGAUUCAUUCUCGUUGUGUUAUGGUGGAAUGGAUAUUGGUGGGGGUGCCAUGGUUCUUGGUGGCAUCUCUCCUCCCUCUGGCAUGGUCUUUGCCAAUUCUGAUGCUGUUCGUAGUCCUUAUUACAACGUCGAUUUGAAGGAGAUUCAUGUUGCGGGCAAGAAAUUGGCUUUGAACCCAAUGGUUUUUGAUGGAAAACAUGGAACUGUCCUGGACAGCGGUACCACAUAUGCUUACCUACCGGAAACAGCAUUUCUAGCGUUUAAGACUGCGAUUAUGAAGGAACUUCAGUCGCUUAGGCAGAUCCGUGGCCCUGACCCAAACUAUAAUGAUAUCUGUUUUUCUGGUGCUGAAAGCGAUGUCUCCCAACUGUCAAAAUCAUUUCCCAUGGUAGAUAUGGUAUUUGGCAAUGGACAAAAACUGUCGCUAUCUCCUGAAAACUACUUGUUCCAGCAUUCAAAGGUGCGUGGUGCAUAUUGCUUGGGUAUUUUUCAGAAUGGAAGGGAUCCAACCACUCUUCUAGGAGGAAUUAUUGUUCGGAAUACUCUUGUCAUGUAUGAUCGUGAGCAUUCAAAGAUUGGGUUCUGGGAAACAAAUUGUUCUGAGUUAUGGGAAAGGCUUCGCAUAUCUGAUUCCCCUCCACCAAUGUCUCCAGCUUUCGAUGAGAAUAAUCUUACUCGUGAAGUGCCACCUACAAUAGCACCCAAUGAAGCACCUGAUUAUGUUCUUCCAGAGGAUCGCCAAAUUGGACAAAUAAGAUUCCAGUUAUCAUUCAACAUUAGUCACAAUGAUCUAAAGCCUCAUAUCACAGAACUGGCUGGAUACAUAGCUCCCGAAUUACAUGUUAAUGUUUCACAGGUCCGCUUAUUGAAUUUUACUUCGAAAGGAAAUCAUUCCCUUAUUGCAUGGAGCAUAGUCCCAGCAGUGUCCGCUGGCUCCAUCUCUGAUACAACUGCAACCAGUAUAAUUGCCCGGCUUGCUGAACAUGGUAUGCAGCUUCCUGGUACCUUUUCCAACUAUGAGUUGGUCGGAUGGGAUGUUGUACCGAAGGAAAAAAGGAAAUGGUGGCAUCAAGGAUAUUUGGUGGCCAUUUUAGCAAGUUUUGUUACUCUAAUCAUUAGUUUAUCAGCUUUUGGGAUGUGGUUUAUUUGGAGACGCCGGCGAGAAGCCCUCAAUGCAUAUAAGCCAGUCAAUGCAGUGGUCCCGGAGCAAGAACUUCAACCACUGUAAACUUUGGAGCUAUUUUUGCUUUUUGAGCAUGCUGGAGAGUAUAUCUUUAUUUGCAUUUUUUGGCUCACAAACGAAUAUGGCAGUUAAUUAAUUGAACCAGUAUUCUUGUUCAGUAAAAGUGAAUUAUUCUUUUACAUUGCUCUGAAUGCUUUUUUAAAAAAACCCAGAUAGGAGAUGCCCUAGAAAGAGUACUCACAUUUUGGAUAUGUGAGCAUAACCAAAUAUGUAUGUGAAUAUUGUAACAUACGGGUCCAAUAAAGGCUUGAUUUUAUGUAUCCAUAGUUUGGUGUUUUCCUUCGCCAGUGGAUAUCUUGAGAGAGUACUUGUACUGAAGCCCUUGGCUCUUGUUGCCAU